UAUUCUGUUGUUUUUGUUUCUGUUGUUGCUUUAUUUUCUGUAGGUGUAGGAGCUCUGAAGUUUCUCCAGGAUCCUCCACAACUCCAGGCAUCUCAUGUCGGCUGGAGCGUUGACUACAAUUGCACAACAGAUGACCCAAAUGCCACAGUGUCACUUCUACAGUCUAGAGAUUUUGGGUUUUCUUAUAAUGUGAUUUCAGUCACACCAAACAAACUUCUUUUGAGGAAACAAGUGUUUACCAUAGUAAAUCUUAUUCUUUCGGAUGGAGCAUACUAUAAAUGCAAGGCCACGGACCAGUCAGGUCAAACUAUUGAAUGGAACAGUGGUUCAAUGUUAUAUAUACAGGCAGGUCUGUAAGAAUAUUUUGAGUAAAUUGUACUUGUAUAAAACAAUAGAGUAAAAAAGUUUGGUUUGAUGUCACUAAAAAUUCAAAUUUGUGAAAUUAAGGGAUUCAGGUUGGCCACUCAGAAGGAAAACGAUGAAAAAAGCCCUUCUCGGAUAAUUAGCCUGUUAGUUCAAUUCAUGAGGAUGAAAUAGUAUACAACUAUCCCGCGAAGGUGAAUUAAGUGGUGGAUAUAUACGUACCGAGAAGCAAAUUCGCGAAGAGUCAAGAUAUUUGAAUCUAGCGCUGCUCACCGACCCUGAGGGGAAUAGUAGUUUUAGUAUUACCAAAACAGUUGGAUAAAACUGAAAAAAAAGUAACUUUUUGUAAAUUACAGACGUCAACUUAGUAGGAACUUUGAUUACAAUUUACGAACAUUUCGGAGAUUUUGCCGAGCGCAUUUGACGAUUUUGUUGCAAAUUCAGUAUGAAAAUCAUUUUCUACCUACCAGUGAACACCGACAAGCCAAAGUUCGUAGCUCUCUUGGUAUUUGUUUGUACGAAUGCUUCAUUUAUCGCACAAAUACGUCUCCGGAAUAGCCAAGAAUAUUCCGAGUUACGGGGACCUAUCGAAACGCGCGAAAAUUGCUAUUUACUGAAUACGAUUUGGUAAAUUCUAAAGGACCUCGCGAAGGACUUCGGGGGAACGGCAAGAUAAGGCAACAGAGAAGAAAAUUUAUAAAUCUAAACAUUUUAAGCACGCUGGCCCAUAUCGUUACGAUCAGGCCACUUGGGACACACUGAUGAUCUUGUAAAAAAAUAUAUUAUUAAAACCCUUUCCCCUAGCACUUCCGCCAGCGCGACCUGUAUAAAGUUGAUCGAGCCCUAUUAAACACGAAUUCAAAGGUAUUUUGCGGAAGAAUGAACCCAACGUAAACGCAUUUCAUGGCAUUUGAAGAACGAAAGCCCGACUAAGCCGAUACGGUAUAAACUCGUCUGCGAGCAAAACGUGUUUUGUUACCGCGGUGUUCAGGAAAGCCAGGGAAAAGCGCGCGACGAGAUUAGAAAGUCGCUACGCUCGGAAUAACUUCAAGAUCAGAUUUCAGUUUUCCUGUUAUCAUUAUUAUUUUUUUCAUACUUUUACACUGGAAUUAUAUAAGUUAUGAACAUUUUGCAGAGCUGGCUACAGUACGUAUUGAAGACACCAUGUAAAGUACUGCACAUAUUUUUUUGCAGCUCAGUUACCCAGGCAUUUUGUGUUGAUACCAAACAAAUCAAUCUAUGUGCUGCAAGGGCAGAGUGGAGAAGUCACAUGUGAAGCUGAAGGCCCUUCAGUUUCUACGCUAAAGUGGGAAAAGCAACAGGAUGAUAAAUCAUAUGCAGCCGUCCCCAACAGCCAAGUUAACAUCACUAAAGAUGCAAACUAUGUGAGAGCAACCCUGAAGAUUACAAAUGCGCAGUUCGCGGACACUGGUACAUACAAAUGCACAGUAUCAGUUCCACCAAAUCUAUCAGAUUAUAAGCGUACAAACAUUACUGUCAAGGGUAUGUUUGCAUGUUUAUUUGUUUACAUUUUACCCGCACCAUACGAUUUUUAAUUUUCAAUAUACUAUAUAUUUAGCCGGAGUUUUAAAAACUUACCUUCAGAAUUUUACUUUUGAGCCAUUUGAUUGAAAAAAGGACCCAAAGGCGAGUUAUUUUUUAUUCACUUUAUUGUACUUUAUUACUGAUUUAUUACCUCUCUGUCUGCGCAGAUGCCUGUUUGUGUUGUAUUGAGUCUAAUUAAGGAGAAAGAAAACGAAAGCGCGUGGUACGAUGGGAAGGCGAAAGAGAGAGGCCUUUCCCUCUUCCCAUCAUCCCCCUCGCCCUCUCUAUUUUUCCAUUAUUGCUUAGUAUUUUCAAUGGGAUACCCAGAGAGAGCCUCUGCAGAGGAGAGAGAUUCAUUACUUUUUUGGUGUCCGACGAACCCGAAAAAACGCUAACAAAGGAGAAGGAAAGGGGCAACCGAGAGAUCGAGGAGAAAGAGAAAUAGAGAUUUAAAAAAAUGAGGUUGCGCUCUAAACUUUUAUAUUAGAUUAGGAGCCCAUAACCAUAUGGGUUCCUGGUUACAUACUUUGGAGAUAUUUUUGACCGAAAAACAUGACUGCCUGACGGACGAGGCGCGUUUUGGCGGUAACGGUUUUAAAAAUGUACGACUUAAAUGUGACCAAAAUGUCUCAAGUGCAGGAAAUAAAUUUAAAGCAACCAUCUUACCGUAUUUAUUCGAUUAACCGCCCAGGGCGCUUAUCAAAUUUUUGGACCUUUAGAGUAGGCGCUUAUUUGAGGCCGGACGCUUAUUAAAUUUUCACCAUUCUCAGCAAGUGUAGUAUGUUUAUUUUGCAACAAAACAAUAAAUGGUAAUAACAAAAUGCGAAGAUGUAACAAAGCAAGGUUUCUGUAAAAUACUCUGAAGAAAACUCCGUCUUCGGGAGGGUCUCUUAUUAUCUCUUAUUUGAGUUGGUGUGGCAGGGAGUGGGGUGGGGGUGGGGGUGGGGGUGGGCGCUUAUUUGAGGCUGAGCGUUUAUUAACGUUUUCUGCCUUUAGGAUGGGCGCUCAUUCGAGGUGGGCGCUAAUUGGCGACUGGGCGCUUAUUCGAAUAAAUACGGUAGUCGCCUGAUGGUAUUUAAACCCAUGAUUUCCCAUGCAACGUUCCAUCUUUACACCAACAGUGCAGCUCCUCCAUACGAUACAUAAGCCGCAAAAACGACCAAAACAUUCCUUGAUUUUCUCUGAGCUGUUUGAUGAAGGGACUGCGGUCGAAAGUCCGCUUUAUAUCAGAAACAAUAGGUUUAGCGGAUCGAGAAAAAGUUGCGCAAAAGACGCGUUAGUGCAGGAGAGAUACAAAGUAGUGGAGCCUGUAAGCGGCUUUUCAAGAAAGUGUGGGGUAGUAGACAGAUUCAGGUAUUUGGCUCUCCCCUUCUCUUUUCCUGCCUUUUUUCGCUUAUUCGCUAUUUCAUUGUUUGCUCGCUACUUUCGCUCGUCCGCACUAACCGAGAGCCCGUAUAGGCCAUCACAGGGAGAAUCCAGUAGGGGUUUUCAAUGUGCGAAAAGAAAAAAUGGAUUUGCACAAAUUUCCUCUAAGCAAAUAUGAAGCAAAAAUAAAAAAUAAGGAGGAUUAAAUCUAGAGCAAACACGGUAAAUGCAAUUUUUGCGUACUUAUUUUCACCCCGUGUUAAUUGGUAUAGAAGUGUAGCAUUUACUAUAUUGAAUGUAUGUUAUGUUCUUAUAGUCUGUGAUUCUGUUUACAGCUCCUACACCACCAAGGAUCACUGCACCCCACGAUGCAAAAACCAUAGUUGUGCAGGAAGGAUCGACAAAGGUCCUCAAAUGUGUAGCAAGGGGAGCUCCUAAACCUAACGUUACCUGGUACAAAAACGGCAAGCAACUACACACCAAUGAUCGAAGUUGCAAGGCCAUUCAAGCAUAUAAGAUUUAUGAUGAAAACGAAGAUAAUUCACUGUAUACGGUUCAAGUUCUUAGAAUAAGAAGUAUUUUAUAUCCAAGAGACCAAGGAGAGUUUAAGUGUGUCGCAUCGAAUGACGUUACAGAUGUUCAAACAGUUUUUAAUGUUCAAGUU